CUUCCCUGAUCUAGCAUUUAGGUUGUCGAUUUCUAGCUCUUUUCUUUUCACUCACUGUCGUGUUCGCCUCAGCAUUGCCUAGACGUCGAAGGCUGGGUCUCGAUAUUAGUUCGUCUACUUAAGCCUCGAUUUCAGAGUUACACUCCCAAGAUCGUCUAUCAUCAAAAUAUCACAAUGACAGUCCCAGUCCCUGCACCAUCGUUUUCUGCCCCAGCCCAAGUCCUACCAUGCCACGGCCUGCUGUUUGACAUGGAUGGAACGAUAAUCGAUUCUACCGAAGCAGUGAUAAAAAACUGGCAACGGAUAGGGAAUGAGAUCGGAGUAGAUCCUGAUGUUAUCCUGGCUACGUCUCAUGGCCGGAGAUCAAUCGAUGUGUUGCAGAUCUAUGAGCCAAAACUGGCGAACUGGGAGUACAUCAGUCACAUUGAAGGUCUGAUCCCGAAAGAGUUCGGUUCAGACGCUGUCGAGAUUGCAGGUUCCCGAGCGUUACUAGACCAGCUCAAUCAUUAUUCGGUGCCAUGGUGCAUUGUGACUUCUGGAACUCGACCUUUAGUCACUGGCUGGCUCGAUAUCAUGAAACUAGCACAUCCAAAGAACCUUGUAGUGGCAGAGGACGUGAAGAUUGGAAAGCCAGACCCUGCAUGCUAUGAACUCGGACAGACGAAGCUCGAUCUCUCUCACCGAAACCCUACUAUCCUUGUGCUGGAGGAUGCUCCUGCGGGGGUGCGGUCAGGAAAAGCGGCGGGAUUCAAAGUCGUUGCACUUGCGACAACGCAUACGCUGGAGCAGUUGCAGGCAGCCGGCGCGGAUUGGAUUGUCCGUGAUAUGCGGAGCGUGACCCUCAAGGGAUGGGAUAAAACAACUGGGGAAGCACAGGUCGAAAUCGUGGAUGCCCUCGUCUAG